GACACAGAGUCAUCGAUGACUCCCCGCCGCCAGAGCCCCACUUAAUAAAAACAUAUGUUGCAAUUAAUUAACAACAAAUCGCGCGAACCAGUUGUCUGCGGGCGGACGUAUUCGUAUUGUUGUUAUUAAGCAGCGUAAGGCCCUGGACUCGCAAAUCUAGACAUUCCGUUGGACUCGCCCCCAAACCGGCAUUGCAGCGCUGCUACAACCAGAGGGACAGCAACAAUUUGCCGCCCAAUUGCACCAUUAAUCGCAGAUCCGCAGAAGAGCUGAGCGCAGUGGCAAGACAGUACUCCGGCAGAAGCCAUGGACCACGCCACGCAUCAUGACCACGCGGCCAUGCACCACGAUCACAGCGGAAUGGCCGCCUCGGCGGGGGCCACCGCCUCGACCUCCGACGCCGGGUCCAUGUUGGACAUGGUGCCCGACAUCAGCGACGUACAUGCAGCGCACGCCGGCCACGCAGGUCACGCAGGUCACAACCACGGCGGUGGCUCCGGCACGGGAAUGGAGCACAUGAUGCCCAUGGCGUUCCACUUCGGCUACAACGAGACCAUCCUCUUCUCCUGGUGGCACAUCGAAACGGUGGCCGGCCUGGUGGGCUCCAUGAUCGCCAUCUUCCUGCUGGCCCUGAUGUACGAGGGCCUGAAGUACUACCGCGAGUACCUCUUCUGGAAGACGUACAACCUGCUGGAAUACCGCCCGGUCACGGGGCCGCAGCGGAACCCGGAGGCGCCACGGAUUCCCUCGCCGGCGGCGGCCGCUCCCUCGCCCGUGCAAUACGUGGGCGAAGUUGUGCACAAGCAACCACCUUCGAUGCUGUCGUUUAACCACGUGCUCCAGACGCUGCUGCACGUGCUCCAGGUGACCCUGUCCUUCCUGCUCAUGCUGAUCUUCAUGACCUACAACGUGUGGCUCUGCCUGAUGGUCGUCCUGGGCGCCGCCGUCGGGUACUUCCUGUUCUGCUGGAAGAAGUCGGUCAUCGUGGACGUCACCGAGCACUGUCACUAACAGAGGACCACCGGGAGCCUCAGCCGGCGAUGUCUCACGCACGCGGAAGAGGAGGAGGCACAGGCGGAGGCGGACCAGGAGCAGCUGUCCAUCUGAACGGAAGGCGGAGGCGCAGGCGUUGGUGCUAAGCUGGAACUUCCCCGAAAGCUCUCAUCCCCCAGAAACAGACCCCCCCACACACUUCAACCUCAACACACCCUCCUACUUGCUAUUCUCCAGCCACAUUAGCCCGUAACUAACUCUGAACUGGAUUGUAGGCGGGGCAGCGGCCUUUGAAUGUCACAGCCAGCAGCUGCUGCAUCGCUUACAAUCCCCCUAAGUCCCGACACCAAGAUCAACUAUGUAAACGGAAGGGUUUCCAGGCAGUCGUAUAAGUCGAAAGUGUAUAGAAUACAAGAAACAAAGUGGGCGACUGGCGAGCGAAUUGUAGAGCUAAGCAAUGCAAAUACAACUCUUCUGUUGGUACUCAUCUAAGUUCGCAGGAUUCCCCAAAAGCAAAUAUUUUUUUAUCAUUAUUAUUGUAUACCAUUUUGUAUCCCUAUUAUACGAAUAUGAUUAUUAUUAUUUGGUAAUAAAAUCCAUUCUUUUAUACACUUCAA